AUCAGCAGAACAAGAAACCAGCAACAAGUGCAUUGGAUAAAGGAUCUGCAGUCCCUUUACACCAACCCACUUCGGGGUCCUCAAAUUCAGGACAGCCAGACACUGACCUCCAUGAAUGGAAAUCGGAACCGCAGGACCCGUGGGGGCGCAGCCCUUUUUUGUGGUGCCCAGACGGCCUGGCUAUGGCACCAUGGGAAAGCCCAUCAAGCUGCUGGCCAAUUGCUUUCAAGUGGAGAUCCCAAAGAUUGACGUCUACCUCUAUGAGGUGGACAUUAAGCCAGACAAAUGUCCCCGCAGAGUUAACAGGGAGGUUGUUGAUUCCAUGGUUCAGCAUUUCAAAGUCACCAUAUUUGGUGACCGCCGACCAGUGUACGAUGGCAAAAGGAGCCUGUACACCGCCAAUCCGCUGCCUGUAGCAUCUACCGGGGUGGACUUGGAUGUAACAUUACCAGGAGAAGGAGGGAAAGAUCGUCCCUUUAAGGUCUCCAUAAAAUUUGUCUCUAGAAUAAGCUGGCACCUGCUGCAUGAAGUACUUACUGGGAGGUCACUUCCAGAGCCAUUGGAACUGGACAAGCCAAUAAGCACCAACCCUGUCCAUGCUGUUGACGUAGUGUUACGACAUCUGCCAUCCAUGAAAUACACACCUGUAGGACGUUCCUUUUUUUCCGCUCCAGAGGGCUAUGACCAUCCUUUGGGAGGGGGAAGAGAAGUCUGGUUUGGAUUUCAUCAGUCUGUCAGACCUGCCAUGUGGAAAAUGAUGCUUAAUAUAGAUGUUUCUGCCACUGCCUUCUAUAAAGCACAACCAGUUAUUCAGUUCAUGUGUGAAGUUCUAGAUAUUCAUAACAUUGAUGAACAACCACGACCUCUGACCGAUUCUCACCGGGUAAAAUUCACCAAAGAGAUAAAGGGUCUGAAGGUUGAAGUAACUCAUUGUGGAACAAUGAGACGGAAAUACCGUGUUUGUAAUGUGACAAGGAGGCCUGCCAGCCAUCAAACCUUCCCUUUACAACUGGAGAAUGGGCAGACUGUAGAGAGAACAGUUGCUCAGUACUUUAGGGAAAAGUAUAAUCUCCAGCUGAAGUAUCCUCAUUUGCCCUGUUUGCAAGUUGGACAGGAACAGAAACACACAUACCUGCCUCUAGAAGUCUGUAAUAUUGUAGCAGGCCAGCGCUGCAUCAAAAAGCUGACUGACAAUCAGACCUCUACUAUGAUCAAAGCAACGGCAAGGUCUGCCCCAGACAGGCAGGAAGAGAUCAGCAGGCUGGUUAGAAGUGCAAAUUAUGAUGCUGAUCCAUUUGUUCAAGAAUUCCAGUUUAAAGUUCGGGACGAAAUGGCUCACGUGACAGGGAGAGUACUUCCAGCUCCGAUGUUACAAUACGGAGGGCGAAAUCGCACAGUAGCCACUCCAAGCCAUGGGGUUUGGGACAUGCGGGGAAAACAGUUUCACACUGGUGUGGAGAUCAAAAUGUGGGCCAUCGCAUGCUUUGCAACGCAGAGGCAGUGCAGAGAAGAAAUCUUGAAAGGAUUCACUGACCAGCUGAGGAAAAUCUCAAAGGAUGCUGGAAUGCCCAUCCAGGGUCAGCCAUGCUUCUGUAAAUAUGCGCAGGGCGCAGACAGCGUGGAGCCAAUGUUCAGACACCUCAAAAACACAUAUUCUGGUCUCCAGCUUAUAAUUGUUAUACUGCCAGGAAAAACACCAGUAUAUGCUGAGGUAAAGCGAGUUGGAGACACAUUACUGGGGAUGGCAACACAGUGUGUCCAAGUGAAGAAUGUAAUAAAAACAUCUCCUCAAACUCUCUCAAAUCUGUGCCUAAAAAUCAACGUCAAACUGGGAGGGAUUAACAAUAUCUUGGUACCACAUCAACGGCCGUCUGUGUUUCAACAACCAGUCAUUUUCUUAGGAGCAGACGUUACACAUCCACCAGCUGGAGAUGGCAAGAAACCUUCAAUUGCUGCUGUUGUAGGCAGUAUGGAUGCCCACCCAAGUCGAUACUGUGCGACAGUGCGGGUACAGAGACCUCGGCAGGAAAUUAUCCAUGAUCUUGCUUCCAUGGUGAGAGAACUUCUUAUCCAGUUCUACAAAUCCACACGCUUCAAACCCACACGAAUCAUCUUUUAUCGUGAUGGAGUUUCAGAAGGACAGUUCAGACAGCAGGUCCUUUAUUAUGAGCUGCUAGCAAUUCGAGAAGCCUGCAUUAGUCUGGAGAAGGAUUACCAGCCUGGAAUCACAUAUAUUGUGGUACAGAAAAGGCAUCAUACAAGAUUGUUCUGUGCAGACCGAACUGAAAGGGUUGGAAGAAGUGGAAAUAUUCCAGCUGGUACCACUGUGGAUACAGAUAUAACACAUCCUUAUGAGUUUGAUUUUUACCUCUGCAGCCAUGCUGGAAUACAGGGUACUAGCAGGCCUUCUCACUAUCAUGUCUUAUGGGAUGAUAACUGUUUCACUGCUGAUGAACUCCAGCUGCUGACCUACCAGCUGUGCCACACAUAUGUGCGAUGCACACGAUCUGUGUCCAUCCCUGCACCUGCCUAUUAUGCUCAUCUGGUGGCAUUCAGAGCUAGGUACCAUCUCGUGGACAAGGAACAUGACAGUGCUGAAGGAAGCCACGUAUCCGGUCAAAGCAAUGGUCGGGACCCACAAGCCCUUGCCAAGGCUGUGCAAAUUCACCAGGAUACCUUACGUACCAUGUACUUCGCGUGAGAGCAACUUUUGACCCUAAAAAUGCACAGGUUUGACUUUCAACAAGGAACCUGAAGGACCUCAUGUGGGUUUUCAGGGCGCAGUAGAGUGGUUCAUGUUCUCCUGCCCUCCAGUCUCUCCCAGGCUUUUUCUCCUGGCUUGCACUGAAGCCCAGUCACAGUGAUUGAGGGGAGGGCUAAUCCUGGGAAUAGAAGAUUUUUUAGAAACACAGCACUAUUAUGCAAUAUGAAACCAGCCAACUGCUAGAUCAUUGUAAUGGAGCCUCCACUUGGAUGCACUGCUUAUGUUUUGUCUUUCUUUUACUUUCCAAUAUUUUAACCCUUUUAUGCCUUUACCUCAAAUUGCUCUGCAGCACUAGCUGUCUUUGCAAAAAAAGUAUAAAAAAAUGAGAAAAACUAAAUAAGCGAAACAUGGGGAUGAAUGGAAGUAUGUUUGCAUAUCUUUACACACUUGGGCUUUUUUCGGUACUUGGGUAUACAGCAUAGUUGAGAUGUGGCAGUUCCAUUCAGCCUGCUUUAACUGCAGCCAAUAUAAUCUCUUUUUGAAACCAUGACUAAUAACUGAUCUACUUACCAUUGACCUCUUCAGCCCUUUUGUGUAUAUAUCGGAGUGACUUGUGAAACUCCAGCUGCACAGGGGUUUGAAUGCAGAAAUAGGCCUGUGUGCCCAGAUAUGAUUAUAUGUAUCACAUAUAGUCUAGUUAUUGACUACAUAUGUGUAUGCAUAUACUCUUGUGUGUGUAUGUGUGGAUAGUGGAUAUGAAGUAGAAGGGUGUUGUGCAAAAAAAAAAUAUAUAUAUAUAUAUAUUUGUCUCGUUUUUAGGUCCUACUUUUUUUGUCUUUAUUUCAACCUCAUUUGUGUAGGACAUGUCCUUCAAUGCAUCCCCUUUUAUUUUUCUGCAACAUGAUAGCAAGAUGCAAGCGGGUAUUGCAUGUGCCUAGAGCUAUGAUCAUGCAAGUGACUGGAUAUAUACGUCAGCUAGUACAAUAACAAUAUUGCCACUUAUUCCCUGAAGUGCAGCAACACAGAUUUUGGCAUUGGGAUAGGAAAACAUGGCCCUCUCUGGGUAUUGGUCUCAAAAACAUGGCCUAAUUUCUCAAACCUUGUCUUUCUUACUAGGUAUGCAUUUUAUUCAUGUGCAAAAAAAAUGCAAAGAAACAACUUUGAAAAAUCCCACACCUCCAACUCUACUCACUUAAAUCUUUUCCAACUAAAUGCUAAGUAUAUUUCUUUAUUCUAUAUGCUGCAAAUAGUUGUCCAGAUCUGCACAUUAAGGGAGUGUCUUAACCUUUCACGCUCCAAAUACCAUUGGAAACUACUUUAGAAGGAUAUGGGAAUAAACCUUCUCUUUAGAUUCAUGUAGUGUAUACAUGGUUGUCUGGGAAUUGUAAGCUUUUCUAGUACUUUUUAUAUAUAUAUAUAAAUAAAUGUAUUUAUUAGAUUAAUGACACUAAUUUAAUUAUUUCAAAAUCUAUUCUCUGCCACCAUUGUUGG